AUGGAAGCCAGUGUUUACUCACCAGAAGCGCUACAGCAGAGGAUUGAUGGGGGACAGAGGAGAGCUGGUGAUGGGGACCCCUAUUUUCUGUGGGAUUUCUGUUCCCCGAUAGUUGCCUGGGCUGGACAGCAAUUUAAGAGUUGGGUCUGGGGCUUGGCAACCAAGGGCAAGGACUGGAUUUCUGCAGGGCCUCUGUCUCCUCUGCAGCUGCUCUUUGCCCAGGGAGGAUUAGCCCAGCCCUCCCCACUAACCUGUACCUUGUGCCCGCACUGUCCUAGCGUCCGCCGCCCAGCCCCGCCCCUCCCGGCCUACACAAAUACACCUGCGGACAGCCAGCCAGCCGCAGACGCCCCCGCUCUCCAGCCGCAGGCGUUUCUGGGAGUCACUCGCUGCUCCCUGCUGUCUAAAGAUGCAUCCAGGUCCAAAGGGUCACUGUCCUCCUCCAGGUCAUGGCCAUCCCCCAGGUCCAGGGCACUGUCCUGGGGGAGGCCACCCUCCAGGACACCCCCCUGGCCACCACGGCCCAGGCCACUGCCCCCCGGGACCUGGUGGACACCCCCCCCGGCCCAGGCCACUGCCCCCCUGGACCUGGUGGACACCCUCCUGGCCACCACGGCCCAGGACACUGCCCCCCGGGACCUGGUGGACACCCCCCCUGGCCACCACGGCCCAGGACACUGCGGCCCUGGCCCACAUCACUGAGGGAAGAUGAAACAGGCCACACACGCUGAGGAGUCCUGCUGAUCUAGAAUGGGUCCUGAGCUAGAAUCUUCUCUUCCUAAUAAACAGGCUCCUGGAGGCCAUGUUCUGU